AUUCACAGUAUUAUAUUUUACAUGUAGUUUCAUUCUUUACGAUGUUAUAAACGUUACACCACUUGGAGGAUUUAUCAGAAAUUUUCUAGGAAGGAAUAAAAAUAUGUAUAAUCCUAUAGAAGAUAUAGAUGGAUUCAACCCAUACAGUGAUGGAAUGGUUCCUGGGGAUAGAAGAAUGAAUAUAUCCUAUCACAGGUUAUGA